UUUCUAUUUCUAGUUCCUGGUUGUUCUUAAGAAAAUGAAAAAAGGCCAUUUUCCCAAAAAAAUUAGGAAAUUUUUCUGGUUUGGUCGUGGUGACGGAACCGGCGCCGUUUCCGAACUGAGGCUCAUUUUAGCCAGACUUUCUUUUAAGAUAAGCCGAUCGAUCUCCUCUGAGUGAGGGCUAGGUUUAACGAAAGACUUGUAUCCAAACAACCCUUUAAGAUUGUCUCCCAUCUCCAAUCCUUUUGCCCGCCAUGGAUAAUCAGAUAGCCAUGGCUUAGCGGCGGCAAUGAAUCCGCUAAAGCUUAAACAUUUCUCUGUGAUUGAAACCAUCACUCUCGCGUACAUUUAACCUCAGCGAUGGCGAUUAAACCCAGUCGCCAGUUUUGCCCAACCAUUCUCACGAAGACGAAGCUUGUACACUCGUUCCAAAGCUCCUUCUGCUUCCGUUUCUUGAGGUACAACAGUUUUUCGAUUCUAACACCGACCCGUAACGCGAUUAUCGCCUCUGGUGAUCAAACUCAAUCGAAAAGGUUUAGCCUUUCUCUGGUGAGCAAAGUAAAGAGUAGUAGUAACGCUGAGUGGUUAGAGAAUUGGAACAUAACUCAGAAACGGAAUCAACCUAAGCCUCCGAAGAUAGUUGUAAAUUACAGAAAAGAAGGUCGAUUUACGAGUGGUGAUUCCGUUAGUAGAGAUGGUGAUGGCGUUACAAUGGAGAAAAUCGUGGAGAAGUUGAGAAAGUACGGAUACAUGGAAGGUGAUGAUAGUAAGGAGAUUGAGCAAGAGAGAAGGAUUGAGAAAGGGUCAGUGGAGGAUAUAUUCUACAUUGAAGAAGGGAUGUUACCGGACACAAGAGGUGGGUUCAGUGACGAGUCAGUGCUUGGAGAAGUUGGGUUUCCUUGGGAGAAGAUAAGUGCUGAGAAGAGGAAAGAGUUGGAGUCUGAGUGGAUUGCCAAGAAGGAGAGUAGAUACUCUCUUGCGGAAAUGACUCUUCCGGAGUCUGAGCUGAGGAGGUUGAGGAAUCUGACGUUUAGGACGGCGAGCAAGAUGAAGAUUAGAGGAGCAGGUGUUACUCAGGUGGUGGUGGAUGCGGUUAAGGAGAAGUGGAAGAGCUCUGAGAUUGUGAGGUUGAAGAUUGAAGGAGCAAGCGCGCUUAACAUGAGGAAGAUGCAUGAGACAUUAGAGAGAAAGACUGGUGGUUUGGUGAUUUGGAGGUCAGGGACUUCCAUCUCGUUGUACAGAGGUGUUAGUUAUGAGCUUCCAGCAGGAAAAUGGAAUAAGCAGAAAAAAGAGGAGAAGUCACCUUCUUCCUUACCUGCAACUACAAGUGUGGUGGAAAGUAGAGAUGAAGAAGUGCUUCUUCCUCAGCGAGACGAGGAAACAACUAGUGUGGAAAAGAAAGACCAGGAACCAGAAGUAGAAUACGAAGAUGAAAUUGAAGAACUGUUAGAUGGUCUUGGUCCUAGGUUCAAGGACUGGACUGGAGAUCAUCCAUUACCUAUAGAUGCUGAUUUGCUUCCAGGCGCCGUUCCUGGUUACGAACCUCCUUUUAGGAUACUUCCUUAUGGAGUUAGAUCAUCUCUUGGACCAAAGGAGGCAACAGCUUUGAGAAGACUUGCUAGAUUUCUCCCUCCACACUUUGCUUUAGGUCGAAGUAGGCAGCUCCAAGGCUUGGCGACAGCAAUGGUUACGUUAUGGGAAAAGAGUAUGCUUGCAAAGAUUGCCAUUAAACGCGGUGUACAACUGACCACUAGUGAGAGAAUGGCUGAAGAGCUCAAGAAAUUGACAGGAGGGAUACUGCUCUCAAGGAACAAAGACUACUUGGUUUUCUACAGAGGGAAGAACUUUUUGUCACGAGAAGUAGCCGAGGCAUUGGUGGAGCAAGAGAAGUUUGUAAGGAGUUUACAAGACGAAGAAGAAGAGGCACGUUUAAGAGGAUCAUCGUUGGCGCUGAUUGUGCCAAGUACAGAACCUAGUAAUAAACUUGUUUCUGCUGGUACCCUUGGUGAAACUCUUGACGCGACGGGUAAGUGGGGAAAGAAUCUGGACGAUGGUCAUCAUGCAGAAGAAGUGAAACACGAGGUUGAGAAACUGAGGCAUGAGAAACUCGUCAGGAAGCUGGAAAAGAAACUUGCUUUUGCUGAGAGAAAGCUCUUGAAAGCUGAACGUGGUUUGGCUAAGGUGGAAGAAUGUCUACAGCCAGCAGAGCAGAGAGCAGACCCAGAAAGCAUAACUGAUGAAGAGAGGUUCAUGUUCCGCAAGCUCGGUUUGAAGAUGAAAGCUUUCUUACUUCUAGGUAGGCGAGGAGUGUUUGAUGGUACGGUGGAGAACAUGCACCUGCACUGGAAAUACCGAGAACUGGUCAAAGUAAUCGUGAAGGCUAAAACUUUUGAGGGUGUAAAGAAAGUGGCAUUAGCACUUGAAGCCGAGAGUGGCGGUAUCUUGGUUUCUAUAGACAAGGUCUCUAAAGGAUAUGCCAUUAUUGUUUAUAGAGGAAAGGACUAUAAGCGUCCGCCCAUGUUGAGACCGAAGAACCUUUUGACAAAGAGGAAGGCUUUGGCACGUUCCAUUGAACUCCAAAGACGCGAGGGACUUAUAAAACACAUUUCGGCAAUGCAUGCAGGAGCAGAACAGCUGAGAGCGGAACUUGAACAAAUGGAGAAGAUAGCAGACAACGGAGAUGAAGAGUUAUAUAAUAAGCUUGAUGUGGCUUAUGCUUCUAGCGAUGAGGAGACAGAAGAAACAGACGAAGAAGUGGAUGCAUAUUCAGAGACAUAUGGAGAAGGAGAAGAAGCUGCUAUUCUGGCAGAAGGAGAAGUUUCUGAAAUAGACGAUGAGGAUUGGGAUUCAGAUGAAUCGGAAACAAGAUUUGGUGAUGAUUUUGUACCAUACGCAGAGGAUCUUCAAACCAAAUCAGAAGAUGUACAUGGCAAGAAAGUUCGUCUGCAGCAUCAAAACAUUGAAUAUCAGCGCUGAAAAACAAAAAAGAAAUAAAAUUGAGAGCUAAAUAGUUGUCCACAGAUGUGUAAAAGGUUGUCUCGGGUUGAUAACAAGGUUGGCUAUGUCCAAUAAGUUCCAUAGUCUUAAACCCGUUAUUACAUGAUGUGCUUUUGACCAAGUUUCAGCUGGUUUGUUCAGAUUACACUCUUUACUAUGCCUGCAACGAUAGAUAUGCUCUUCUCA